AUGCCUAAGUUUUUGAAAAUAUUUAAUAAAAUAAAGAGUAAAUUCCAGAAAAGUCAUAACCUACCUCAUAAUUCAGAAAUAAUGAAACCAAAAAUGUCAAAUUUACCUCAUAAUUCAGAAAUAAUCAAACCAAAAAUGUCAAACCUAACAUAUAAUGAAGUUGUAUAUCAAUGUAAAUCAUGUUUUAAAGAUGAAUUUGAAAUUUCAAAAGCUUUAAAACAUUUAAAAAAAGUUCAUGGAAUAGAUUAUUAUUCAUUACCAAUUACAAAUCCAAUUACUUCAGGAGUUACAUGUGGAUUUUGUUUAAAAAAUUUAUUAAAUUUUAAAGAAUAUUAUUUUCAUCAUUGUCAUAUUCAUAAUAUUGAAAAAAUUUUAAAUUUAAAUUUUAAUAUUAUUGAUGCUAAUAAUUGGUUUAAAUGUUUUAAAAGUGAUGAUUGUUGGUUUAAAUUUAGAACUGAAGCUGAACUUGAAAAUCAUUAUGAAACAUCACACCAUUAA